CGAACUCUAUUUCAGUCAGAUCAGGCUUUGACACCGGACAGGGUGGCUUGAAACAGUUAGGUAACCGAGAAGUUGGAGUCAAUUUGUUACAUUUAGCUAGUAACAUAAAUGUUUUGAGACUCAUUACCUGUCACUUACACCAAAGAAAGAUGGGGAACCGUGUCGCUCGUGAGGAUUACGAAUGGGUUUAUACAGAUCAGCCACAUGCAGACAGGAGGAAAUACAUUUUGGCAAAGUACCCAGAAAUAAAGACCCUAAUGGGGCCUGAUCCCAGGCUGAAGUGGAUUGUUUGCAUGAUGGUACUCAUCCAGUUUUUAGCAUUCUACCUGGUCAAAGACCUAGACUGGAAAUGGGUGCUGUUCUGGACGUAUGCCUUUGGCAGCUGUAUCAACCACUCCAUGACCCUGGCCAUCCACGAGAUCUCCCACAACACAGCGUUUGGCAACAGCAGGGCCAUGUGGAACCGCUGGUUCGCCAUGUUUGCCAACCUGCCCAUCGGGCUGCCGUAUUCUGCCUCCUUUAAGCGCUACCACCUGGACCACCACCGCUACCUGGGAGGAGAUGGCGUGGACGUGGACAUCCCCACUGAAUUUGAGGGCUGGUUCUUCUGCACACGCUUCCGUAAGUUUGUCUGGAUCAUCCUUCAGCCUCUGUUCUACGCCAUCCGCCCUCUCUGCAUCAACCCCAAGCCCAUCACCAGGCUGGAGGUGGCCAACGUGGCUGUGCAGCUGUCCUUCAAUGUGGCCCUCUACUGGCUGUGUGGAGCCAAGCCUGUGGUCUACAUGAUGGCAGGCUCCUUGCUGGGAAUGGGCCUGCACCCCAUCUCUGGACACUUCAUCGCUGAGCACUACAUGUUCCUCAAGGGCCAUGAGACCUACUCCUACUACGGCUCCCUCAACCUGCUCACCUUCAACGUGGGCUACCACAACGAGCACCACGACUUCCCCAGCAUCCCAGGACGUAGGCUACCUCUGGUGAAGAAAAUCGCAUCGGAGUACUACGAUGACCUGCCCCACUACACAUCGUGGGUGAAGGUCCUGUAUGACUUCAUUAUGGACGACCAGCUCAGCCCCUACUCUCGUGUGAAGAGGAGGCUAAAGGGAGAUGUCAAGCAGGAGUAAAUCCUUCCCCUCCCUCUCUCGUACUUUAACAAAACAACUCUGAAGUAAAUCGACACUAGCCCCAAUUAACCACCGCAAGACUUUUAACAGCUUUUGCAUAUUAAUACACAUUUUGAAUAGAAUGUGUAGAGAAUUUCUGUGAACAGUACGUGUGACAUGUAUGUGUUAAUGUUGUGCUUACCCCUCAGGAACAACUGAAAUGGGUGUAUAUUCCUCUACCAUUACUGCUUGCAUUCCAAUUAGUCCUUAUUACAUAAGAUUGUCAUUUCUCCUAUUUGUUUUUCCUGAAAAGCCCAUUUAUUGCAGUUGUGGUCAUUUUAGAAACCUGUAAUAGGGACGAUGGCAAGUCAAAGUAUUUUUCCAGUCACAAAUUGUAAUUAUUAUUAUAGAUUAAUCAGGAGUGUUGCACCGGUUGCUGAAUGUGUUGAAUAUUUGAGAUCCUGUUUUUAUAGUUUUAUUUUAUGAUCAGUUUUAUUUCAUCUCUUGAAAGAGGUUGUAUAGCAAUAUACAACCAUAUCUUAUUGUGAAAAAGUUUUAUUGGAAAGGGUGGAGGAUACUCUUGUACCAGUUAGGAGAUCAGGCCACCUGAACACACCGUUUUUUGCUUCUGAAUUGCUGCUUUGUGAGGGAGGAAAAAGCCUAGCUCAUCACUUCUCUUACAUGUCUACUGUGUCUGAGGUGAGUUGUAAAUUCCAUGCUAGAAACCUAAUUUGUUUUCACUUCACUCGUAAAAUAUUGAGUGUUCUGUCCUUUCUUGUAGACUACUAAACUUGACCAUGACUGUGUGUAUAUGGACAUAUUGUCUUAAGUUUUGAGCUUAUUUUAGCUCAUUUAGAUUUGAGUGCUAUUUUGUAUUGCGCUUGCCAACACCUCAGUUCAAUAACUAAUUCACAGUCUGAAGCACUGAGCAUUGCCCGAGUCGAUUUGCUUCGAUUUAAAAUUUUGUUUGGCACAAUCGGGAGAAAGAAUGGCAUUAGAUCAAACAUUGUCUCGUGUUUUGUCUCGCUAUGCUGACAGUCUCUUAUGGAAACCCAAUCGAAGGCCAAAUUAAUUGAAACCAAAUAUAGAUAAGAGUAACUGUUUGUUCCAUGUACUGUAUGCUUAACUUUGUUACAAUUCCACUAGACUCUGAAAGUCUGAUUAUUUCCAAUUGUGUCCUUAACAUUUGCAAUGGUGUAAGUAACCUAAUUUAUGUGAGAAAGAGAAAAUAGCUUAUUUUAAGAUGGUGAUUGACCUCAAGAACAGGGCCACAUCCCCUUAGUCAUUGAGUUUGAAAGCCUCUCAAAUAUUUGUCACUUUAAAGUAGCUACCACAGGGAGAGAAACCCAAUUGGUGUACCACAUAUCCAAACCAUGAUGUGGAUAGAUGUUGUUCAAAGUGGAAUGGAAGUUCGCUGACAUUGGUGUUGAAUAACCUUAGACUCCAUGUAGAUCUGGAAUGGGAAUAGUUCCAUCUUGCCCUCUAAUAGGCUUGGAGGGAGAUUUGCCAUAUCGAAUAGACCUACACUUAUCCAAUCUACUACAGAUGUACCUAGGGUUGAUUUGGGAUUCGGGGGCCUCUGAAACAGGGUAGAGGGGCUGUUGGUUACAUCUACGUCAGUAUUAAACACAAGCUGAACUCAUGCUAAGGGUGAAAGAAUUCUAGAAAGAGUAGUCUGUUUAUAUUCUCAAAUCAAACCUAUUAUUUUAAUGUAGAAUAUUCCUCUGCAAGAGGGAAGAGUCAUGAUUCCAUCCUCAUUGUGUAACACCUGCUUUUUGCAUUACUGCAUCAGUAUGAUUUUAUUAAACUAAUUCACUGAG